AGACGGGACAGAGGGACACCAGCGUGGGGCUGGGGAGCCACCGGGACAGGGGCCCUGGUGGAAUGGAGAGUGCCCGGCCCAUCCUCUGCCUCCAGCUGUGGCUGUGGGUGCAGAGCUCUGCCCAGGAGCUCGAUCCUGAGGGCAGGAACGUCUGCAGGUUCCCGGCCGGCCCCGCAUGCUGUCCCGGCUGGAAGCAGGACGGGAGGGCGUGCACGGUCGCCGUGUGCGAGGGGGAGGACGCCUGCAGGGAGGGCGAGGUGUGCGUGAAACCCGGGCUGUGCCGCUGCAAACCCGGCUUCUUCGGAGCAGACUGCAGCUCCCGCUGCCCCGAGCAGUACUGGGGGCACGACUGCAAGCGGAGCUGCCCGUGCCACCCCAACGGGCGCUGCGACCCCGCCAGCGGCCACUGCACCUGCGACCCCAACCACUGGGGAGGGCUGUGCCAGUUCUCCUGCCAGUGCGGCCCCCACGGCCGCUGCGACCCCCUGAGCGGCGCCUGCCACUGCGAGCCGGGCUGGUGGGCACCCGGCUGCAGGAAGCAAUGCCAGUGCAACCCUUCCACCUCGCACUGCGACCCCCUGAGCGGGCUGUGCCGCUGCCUGCCGGGCUGGUGGGGCAGGAGGUGCAGCUUUAAGUGCUCCUGCAACGUCUCGCCCUGCGCGCAGGAGACGGGCAAGUGCGAGUGCCUGCCUGGCUUUUGGGGACCGGCGUGCCAGCGGCGCUGCGACUGCGGGCACGGCUCCUGCAGUCCCGUCACCGGCCACUGCUCCUGCGAGCCCGGCUACCACGGCAGGAGCUGCCGGGACCCCUGCCCGGCAGGGAAAUACGGAUCUCAGUGCGUGCACAGCUGUGGGAGCUGCAAGCGCAGCCAGCCCUGCUCACCCGUGGAUGGCUUCUGCCUGGCCUGCCAGCCUGGCUGGAACGGGACCCUCUGCAAGGAUCCCUGUGCUCCUGGAUUCCAUGGGGAGGGCUGUCUCCAGCUGUGUCCCCGCUGCCAGCACGGGGAGCCCUGCGACCCCCAGACCGGGUCCUGCCUGCGCUGUGAUCCUGGCUGGACAGGACCCAGCUGCAACAGCUCCUGCCCCAUGGGCACCUUUGGUGAUGGCUGCCAGUUCCUCUGCCCUGAGUGUGUUUCGGGGAGCUGUGACCCCGUGACAGGAGUUUGCAUCUGCCAGGCUGGCUACUGGGGAGACAGCUGCAACAACACCUGUCCCGAGGGGUAUUUUGGAGUGAAUUGUUCCUCACCCUGCCAGUGCUCCCGGGGCACCUGCAACCCUGUGCAGGGUGACUGUGUGCUGAGUUUGAAGGACCAUGGAUCCCUUGCAGCCGCCAUCCUUGUCCCUCUCCUGCUGCUGCUGCUCUGUGUCAUCUGCUGCUGCUGUGGUGCCGGCUCAGCAGAUGCCAGAGACAGGGCGGCUGUGCCAGACGAUGAUGUGGUGGCCAGGAUGAAGCACCACGUGCAGGGGGUGCUGGCAAACCUCAGUGCUCUCAUGCCCUGCUUUAACCUGGGUGCCUCAAAACUUCCCAAAGUCACAGUUUCCCAUCACGACACAGAAAUCCCCUUCAACCCCAGCUUCAUCGAGCCACCAUCGUCUGCGUGGGUUUCAGACAGCUCCUUCUCCUCCUUCGACACAGACAACGAGGGACCCGAGUACUCCGUCCCUCCCAGAGAAGGCAUCCCGCUGCUGGGGGGGGCUGAGCUGCAGGAUGGGGCAUCCCCCCCUGGCCAGGCGCUCCCGGACCCUUCUGCCUUUGACUCCGAGGAUGUCUCGCAGCCCUUCGCCAUCCCCCGCACCUCCAGCAUCGCCAAGGCCAAGCGACCAUCUGUGUCCUUUGCCGAGGGGACAAAAUUCGGGGCUGCCGAGACGCCCAGCCCCAGCCGCAAGCCCAAAGCCCCGUGGGGCCCAUCCAGGCUGACCCCACCGCCGGGGGAUGCGGCGGCCGAGCCCCACAGCGAGCGCCCGGCCAGCGAUUGCUAUGAGAACCCCGAGCCCCUCAGCAAGGGGGACGAAAGCCACCGGCCAUCGCCUCGGGCCACCCCCGGGGGACGCCGCAGGGUCGUGUCCAGCACCAGGAACGUGGCCCAGAGAGUGGAGGCGCUGGAAGCAGCUGCGAAAUCCUGCAGCUGGGAGGCGAAGGGGAAGGAACCCAAUGUCACCACCAUCUACAUGAUGGUGGGAACGGCAGGCCAGGACCACAAGGCAGAGGGGGCUGGCGAGGGACCGGUCCAGGCUGUGCUGAAGCGUCUGGGCAGCUUGCAGAGGGGCAAGUGGGCUGCGAAGGAGGAGCCCAAGGUGAGGAGGAGCAUGGAGGCCAUCCAGAAACCUCCUCGCCGGGCCCUGGCGCAGCGCAGGGACUCGGAGAACAGCUGCAAGCAGAGGGAGAGUGUGACAGGGGCUCCUGCCGAGUCAGCCCCUGGCAAGCAGCAGCAUCCCGCUGCAAAGAGACUGUCCCUCCUCCUUGCAUCUCUCUCAUCAAAAAACACCGGUGCCCAGGACGGGACCAGCGAAACCGUGGGGGCCACAGAGAAGGGCAAAAGCCCGGAGUUAGUUGGCAGCCUCGAAAGGAAGAGACAGGCUGCCGCGGAGGAAGAGCCAAAAUACGAGAACGUGGCCAGCAGCAGUGCUGAUUCGCUCUCCGGCCCCGGCAAAGAACUGCUGGCCACCCCUCCAGCCACCUGAGCCCUGUGGCUACUCUGGGGCCUCGCUGGGCCACAGCAGACACAGCCUGUGGGGCUGUGGGGCUUCAGGGCUGAUUUCUGCUCCUCCCUGCCCUACCAACCCCAUUUGUGCCUGCACAGCCCUGGGGAACAGCGAUGCUCUGGACGCUGUGGUGGCACCCUCAAGUCCCUGUCACCACCAGGGACAUUCCCAGUGCAGGGCUGCUGAGUGCUCAGCUGGGAAAUGCGUGUACAAAAUCCAGCCUCACCCAUUUGGUUUUCACCUUUCCCUGUCCCAAUUCCAGUAAUGCAGCUUGGAGCCUCUUGCUGUAAAGUUGCUUCUCGCUGAAGGGGAUUAUUUUGUGGAGCUGGGCUGAGGAGAGAUGAUGGGUUGUCACGAGCAGCUUCAGAGAAAAUUAAUUUUAGCUGCUUAUCUCAAAGGGUAUCUGGGUCUGCAGGGUUUAUCUGUGUGGCUCUGGCUUCUGUGGCAGGCCCUGGCUGCCUUUGCUUCCGUGUGGAAAAGCUCCUGGCAGGACACAGGAUGUAGUGACAGCCUUUUAAACUCCACAGGGUUCCAAGCUGCAGUUCUGCAAAUGUGGCAGCUGGGCAGUGACCAUCAACCUGUGCACCUGGUGCUGUGCUGAUAAGGGUGGGAGUUGCCCCGAAAAUGGGAUUUCCACGGGUGCCCUAAGCUCCUGCCACCUCCCACGCCUCAUUCCUGCUGUAAAGGCGGUUGUGAUGCCAAAGAGGAUUUGCAGUGAUCUGGUUUUAGAUGUAUCUAAGUAGUAGAAGUUUUUUGUGUAUUUUUUCUGUUAUUUCACGUGGUGUGAAAGCCUUGGAAUGAAAAUUAAAUGCCCUUCAGGAGAUGGGUUUCCCAGUCACCCUUUGAGUCAAAGAUACAACCAGGAAUAUUCUCCAGAGUGUGGAAACUGGCAGCAGCCUUAGGCUUUCUGUUUGGGGUUUUUGUUAAAUUUUCUGGCUCUCUUGAAUUCUAAAUUCUCACUCACUGAGCUGUGCCCUGCACAGAGCCAGACUGAGGUGCAGGAGGAAUGUGAGUGAGCUGUGAGUGUCCAGAGCCCCUCUGCUGUAGUCUGCACCUCACACAUCAUGUGCAGAGCUCCACAUGAAUCCUUCUAGUCUGGCACUACCCAGCUGGGGUUCAGGGUUUGGGGUGUUUCAGAAAAGACAGUGGGUUUUGCUUUUUCCCUUUUGCUUUCCACAGGUGCCUCUCCACAGGCAUCAAAUCCCCAUGGUCUGACAUGGCUGAAACUUCCAGUUUUGAAGACAGCAAGAAGCACCCUUUUCUGCAGUGGAAUCAUCUGCUGCUGUGAUUAUAACAUCAGAUAUUCUGGCAUCCAAAUAAAACAGCUCAUCCUGGCAGGACUGGA